GCCCGCACCCCGAGCACCCGCGGAAUCCCCCCCACGUCAUCCUCAGCACCAUCAAUGAGAUGCAAACAUGAAAGACAAGAGGAAGAAGAAGGACCGCACCUGGGCCGAGGCUGCCCGCCUGGCACUAGAAAAACACCCCAACUCCCCAAUGACAGCAAAGCAGAUUCUGGAGGUCAUUCAGAAAGAAGGCUUAAAAGAGACAAGACCCCGGCAUGGCUUGGAGACAGCGUUGGUGUGUAUGAAGGCUCUUCCUGGAAUGAAGGAUUUGGGACACCUUUCCAUGAUGAUUGUAUUAGAGCCUCAGCUGCUUUCGUGGUGGUCAUGAGGUGAUGCUGAACCGAAUGCUUGAACUAGCAGGAGUGGCUGGGAUUGCAUUGGAGUGGUUCCGUUCAUUCCUUCCGGGUAGGUACCAGGUAGCAUUGUGGGUGAAAUGGACAUUGAGGGACUUCCUGUAUGGAACCCCACAACAGUCACUCACUUCCCCUGUUUAUAUUUAGUGGACAUGAGAGAGUCACAGGAUGCCCAGAGGCCAGGUGGUGUGAGCUGAAUGAUUGGGUCAAAGGUGAUGAGAGAGAUUCCUCAACAUAACUCACUCAUAUCUGUCAUUUCUGCUUCUCCAGUGUGACAAUUGCAAACUAGUGUGGAAACUCAGAAAGUGGGCUGAGUUGGGAAGUGAAAAUAUGAAAGGCUAUAGAGUGCUUUUUAAUAUCUCUGCUUGAAUUACAUCUGUCAACUGUGGCCAUAUGCUAUACACGAAUUUAUCUAAUCAUGAAAAUCCUUCUGUGGUAUUAGGCAGAAAUGUUUAUUUUUCUCCCUGGAAUAUCUCCAAAUCUUCUUCCCUGUGAAUAGUGACUACACGACCACGGUCUUCUUUGUACAAGUUGUAGUCUGCUCACUCCCUGUUUGUUUAGGACCUUUGAAGGAUACUCUUUGAAGCCUUGUUACAUUAAUGAUUACCUUUGAGGCCAACGGUGCAUGUAUUGUUUUUGUCUUCACCAAAAGCAUAUUAUGAUUCUGGCUUUUAUACCAAGAACCAAAUUGGAUUGUACCUUUAAGGUAUAUUGAACCAUGCAUCCUGCCUCUAAUAUUCCUUGUGCUGCUUAAGCACUG